AUGGAUCGACGAAUGGAACUAUACCUACACAACACAUACAACCACUUCAUCCCGACUCCUCACGCACGUUCGCGCCGGGAAUCCUUCCUGAACGAUGGUGCAGCACCACAGCCCUCAACCUCAACUUGCAUGAAUGGGGAUCACAUCCAUGGAGACCAGCAGCAUGAGAAGCAGCAACAGAGGAUGGCUGCGGACCAAGCGUAUAGGGCUGCUUUCGCAUCCCACGAACGCGCCGUAUUCCAAGAAGAAGCCCGGGCUCGAGCCCGCCGACGCGACGCCGCCCGCAACCGCGCCCUAUUUCGGGGCCGUCUCUGGAAGCGCCCGGAGUUCUACGCCUUGCUGUUCGGGUUCCUCGGCUUGGUAUAUCCGAUCAUAAACGAAUAUCUUGUCCACCCUUGGCUCGAGGCCAACGUAAGUGGGAAGGAGGAGUAG